CUCGAAUGAUCACAAAUGACAUACAUUAUGUGUGAGUUUUCCUAAGCCUUCCUGGAUUUUGGUUGCUUCGGUAUAUUUGGUCGCCCUUUUGUGUUCAUCCUGGCCUACCUCCAUUGGACAGUAGAUCAUGAAUGUCUUUUGUUUUCACUCUUAUUUGUUUUGGGUUUUGGUUGGGUGUUAGCUGAACCAUGUUGUCUCUCUUCCUCUAAUUUGCUGUAGGAAAGGUGGAGAGAUUAUAAGUUUAGGUUCGUUUUGUUUAGUUUUGGUGAAAUCCUUGUCCAGUGCUGGUUAUCCAUCUCUCACAUCUAGCCGCUGUAAAUGAAGCUCACGGAAAACAGAAUUUAUUAGUCUUUAUUAUACACAUACAUUCUGUUGUGGCUAUAAAGGCUGAAUUGUGACACUUACCGAUAAUCUUAGGUGCGGAGUGGUGAGUUAUACUACAGGAAAGUAUAGUGGUUGUGCAGCAGUAGAUAACAUAAUAAAGGUUCUGUAGUGAGAAGCCCCUUUUUUUCCAUCACACUAUCGGUGCUUUAUCAAUAGAUUUAUGUUGCGUAUGUGAAACUUGCCUAUGAGCUGAUUUUAUCAGCCUACCGAUAUACCACUUGAUCCCUUGCUGGUUGCUAGUUUCUCACCGUCUUGGAAUGACUUUCACUUGGCUUCUUCCUAUGCAUAUUUCUUGUAAACCUCAUUGGUGUUCUGCUCAAGCACAGUCGAACAGACCUCGGUGGCUUUCGAUAGUUGGUCCAAGCAGGAUGUUCUAAUCGUGUCUUUGUGCUCUCUGUCCUUCAUCGCAUUUCAUCUGAGGUCAUCUUGUACGCCAGCCUAGUGCCGUGUGCACUUCAGAUAAGUGAGUAGUCUUUGAGGUUCCGCUUCCUUCUAUGGUUAAUCACUUAUUACUGGAGCUAUGACAAGUCAUUAGCGGUCUAAUCCCUCUAGGGCUCUCUGUCAUGUCCAGAAGUGACCUCGGGGCUUCUCCCUUUCACUUUUUAACCUGACGAAUUGCUCAACUUUUGGACUACAGUCACUUUGCCUUAAAAUUCACUCUGAUUCCAUUUUGGAAGUGGCCUUAUGUUUUGCUUUUGAAAUUAACUUUUUGAAAUGAAUGCCAAAAAAUGUUUCUUUCCAAAGCAUAUUGCAGUCUGUUUUUGCUUAAUAGGAAAAAUGGUUCAUUCGGCGUCAUUAAUAUUCAUGAGAGAGGAGAAAAACAGCCUAUGCCAGCCGAUGGAGGUACUGACCCGAUUUAAUAGGACUCGGUUGGUACAAAACGGAUCGGGUGUAGCAAACCAGGGGCAGGCUGAGCAUUGGGAGGUAUGCGCCGGGCUCAGAUAAUUGCCGGGCUGUUCUAAAAAUAACCAGGAAGGCAAGACGGCCGCGGUCGGAGGAACUUUGGGAGAUGGACAGAGGCUGUGGCUCCGCACUGGGCGGCGAGUGCAGCCGUUCCCUUCCUCUUCAAUCCCCUUCAUUCCCUUUUCGCUUUUUGUUUUUUUCAUCUCGCUUGUGUUCUAGAAGGCUCGCUGAAAGAUUCUGGAAAGUCGACCUUAAAGACUCUGGAGCGCUUCAUCAUUUGGAGUUGUGGCAGCGAUUGAUUCCAACUCUGGUUCCUGCUUUUCAAAGCCUCAAACUCAUUCCUGGAGGAGCAUGUCUCUUUGUCUUGUAUGUGGGUUGUACACUGUUUGCCUGAUUUUUUUAUUAUUUGUUUUUUAUUUAUUUUUAAAUGUCCCCUCCUAUUUCGCCCUGUGAAGCAGAACUUUCACACUGAAGUAAUAUUUACACACACUGGGAGUGUAGUCUUCUGCGUCCGAAAGACUCCAUGAAAGAUGACAGAAGAGGUCAUAGUUAUAGCCAAGUGGGAUUACACGGCCCAGCAGGACCAAGAACUUGACAUCCGGAAAAAUGAGCGCCUUUGGCUGCUGGACGACUCCAAGACGUGGUGGAGGGUGCGGAAUGCCUCCAAUAAGACAGGCUACGUCCCCUCAAACUACGUGGAGCGCAAGAACAGCCUGAAAAAGGGCUCAUUGGUGAAGAACCUUAAGGACACAUUGGGUCUGGGCCGGACCAAGCGGAAGACGAGCGCCCGCGAUGCCUCGCCGACGCCCAGCACGGAGGCGGAGUUCCCCGCCAACGGGAGCAGCGGGGCCGAGCGCAUCUAUGACCUCAACAUCCCAGCGCUCGUCAAGUUCUCCUACGUGGCAGAGCGAGAAGACGAGCUGACCUUGAUGAAGGGCACACGCGUGAUGGUGAUGGAGAAGUGCAGCGACGGCUGGUGGCGGGGCAGCUUCGCAGGCCAGGUGGGCUGGUUCCCCUCCAACUACGUGCUGGAGGAGAGCGAGGAGGCGUCGGCGGAGGCGCCCGCUUACCUGUCCUCGCGGCCGGGGGCGGCGGUCAGCAACGGCCAGGGCCACAAGGUCCUGCAUGUGGUCCAAACUCUGUACCCCUUCAGCUCGGUGACGGACGAGGAGUUGAACUUUGAGAAAGGGGAGAUCAUGGAGGUGCUGGAGAAGCCACAGAACGACCCCGAGUGGUGGAAGUGUAAGAACGCUCGCGGCCAGGUGGGCCUGGUGCCCAAGAACUACGUGGCCAUCGUGAGCGACGGCCGAGGGCCCACUGGGGGCCUCCACUCGCCUCAGGCCAGGCGCACGGGGCCCUCACGCACCGGCAAGUUCGCCGGCAAAGAUUGGUACUACGGUAACGUCACGCGGCACCAGGCGGAGUGCGCUCUCAACGAGCGGGGCGUGGAGGGAGACUUCCUGGUGCGGGAUAGUGAGUCUUCGCCCAGUGACUUCUCUGUGUCCCUGAAGGCCCCGGGGAAGAACAAGCACUUCAAGGUGCAGCUGUCGGAGGGCGCUUUCUGUAUUGGCCAGAGGCGCUUUAGCACCAUGGACGAGCUGCUGGAGCACUACAAGAAGGCGCCCAUCUUCACGAGCGAGCGUGGCGACAAGCUGUACCUCAUCAAGCCGCUGCUGUGACCACCCCACCCCCCCAGGACGCUGCCCUGUCAGAAUCCACACCUCGACCAGUCAGAGCUGUGUCUAUGAGCCCUUUCCUGCCCGCUCCCUUCCUUCCUGGUUUUUUUUUUCUUCACCCGGGUUGGUCGACCAACGUAAAGAACAGCUGACUGGCGGCAUGGCCAGGCCCCACCCACGCGGCCCUGCCCAUGGCUGAGUCUGUUGCUGAGUCAGUUUUAUUUAAGUGUCUCAUAUGCCUGUUUAUCUUUUGGGCCUUUUGCUUCUUUGGACCCUUUCCUGAGUUCUGUAUAACAGAUCAAGGACAGUGCCCUCACCGAGUGACUGCUGCAUGUGCGUGCUCCAGCCCUCGCUCCGACGGCAGGGAUAUUUUCAUCCGGCAGUGUUGUUCUACGUCUAGCCUCUGGGGGGCGCACUAGAGUAACUGCGCUCACUUCCCCUCCAAGCCAAACCUGACGUCACCUGCACAUCGGAACCAUCCAGUCUUUGAGGAUUUUUUUUUCUCAUUUAUUAUGUAAACGCAGGCAGAGUUGGUAACGCUCACUGAUAUGACACAGAUAUUAGUACGUGGUUUCAGUUCUGUGCAGCACCGAUGUGGCUGCGGGAUAUUUCUGGCACUUUUAAGCGCCGUCUAUUUGAGGACCCCCCUCCGCCUCUUCUGGGGCUUUACGCCAAACUCCAAAUGCCGCACCGCCCAGCACUUCAGAACACAGCACGCUAAGGCUUUAAGGCGCCUCAAGAUUGUGCAGCGGGACGACACAACCGACUCUGCUCCCCACCCUGCGGAGUUUCGGGAGGUGGGGAGAAUGGACCCCUCCCAGUCGGGACCUGAAUGUCUGUCAGUACAACCAAACGUGCCGCCCUCAUACUGUCUGUGCACUACUGCUCUCGAGCACCAUGGUUCUGUUUCGUUUCUUUCAGUUAAAACUGACUGUCUACACUAAUUCUGUAUUAAGGAGGAAGGAAAAAGGAAAUUCUUAUUUACAUUUGCAAUGUCUGUUUACCUACAAGAGUCUGCUGAACAACUGGUUUCCCAGAUCUUUUAGAUGUUUUUGAGCAUUAUUAUUUAAUUCUUGUUUCCAUUGUAUGUAUAUUUAAAUCAUGAGGUGCAAAUAUAGAUUUGUUCAGAUCCAGCAGUGUAAGGUACUGUACCUUUUGACAGUGUGUUGAGAACUAAAAUACUUUUGUUCAAUUAAAUUUUUUUCCAAAAUA